AUAAUGCUUUUCAGGAUUCCCUUGAGAAACAAAGUGAAUCUGCUAAACGUGAAUUUAUGGACCGAGUUGAAAAAACUAUCCUGGCUUUUUCAGAACAGGGAUUAAAUUCUUGUCUUUACUAUGAGAAUAAGAAUUUUGCUAAAAACGUUUCACUUGUUCCGACAUCCGCUAUUACUGGAGAGGUUUUGGAAGUUAAAGUGAUUGAAGGCCUUGGUACGACCAUCGAUGUCGUUCUUUCCAAUGGCGUUUUAAACGAGGGCGAUAAAAUUGUUCUUUGUGGUCUUAAUGGGCCUAUCGUUACAACCAUUCGUGCAUUGCUAACACCACAGCCAUUGAGAGAACUUCGUAUUAAGUCUGCAUAUGUUCAUCAUAAAAGUGUGAAAGCUGCACUUGGUGUUAAAAUCUCAGCGCAAGACCUUGAGAAGGCGAUCGCAGGUUCUCGACUUAUGGUUUGUGGGCCUGACGAUGAUGAAGACGAACUCAAGGAAGAAAUAAUGUCAGAUCUAACGAGUUUGUUGAACUCUGUUGAUAAGUCAGGCAGAGGAGUAUGUGUGCAGGCAUCCACAUUGGGUUCUCUAGAAGCACUUUUGGAAUUCUUGAGAGUAUCAAAGAUCCCAGUCUACUAUGCUAGAAAAAGCCAGGGAGUAAGUAUUGAAGAAAUUGAAAAAGAAGCACAAGAUUUGGCAAAAGAACUGGGAAUCAAAAUUUUUGAAGCAGAUAUUAUUUAUCAUUUGUUUGAUCAAUUUACAGCGUACAACAAGGCUGUUUUUCCUUGUGUUCUUAAAAUUGUACCUGGAGCCAUCUUUAAUAAAAGAGACCCUAUAAUCCUAGGUGUUGAUGUUGUUGAAGGUGUUUUAAGAACCGGGACUCCCAUAUGUGUUGUAAAAACAGACCCCGAAACUAAG